AUGCAGGGCAGUUAUAAAAACAACGGUUUACCAAGACCCUACUAUAUGAAACCCUCCAAGCGGAAACACUCCCCCUAUGACAACUUGAAAGAACCCGUUGUCUUUUUCAAUUCACCCCGACGCAAGCUUGCUGGAUAUGUGCUCAUGUUUUUGUUGUUCAGCGCGCUAAUGUGGUACGUUUCCCAGGACUUGAAAGAGCGUCCACCUCCCGAGUACGAGUUGGUGCCCGAAACAGACCAUCCGCCGGUUGAAAAGUCCAAGAAUGACCAUUACAGAAACCUAGACAAUAUAGUGAAAAACGUGGGCUCGAAAGCAGACAAGGAAAGUGAAAACUUGGAUCUUGCCGAGAAUUUAGCUGCUGGUUCAAAAGGCGAAAAGGGUUUGGGUGUUGCCGAGGCUCCCAAGGGCGGUAUGGCGAAUGAAGGCCCCGUUGUGGGAAGCGAUGAGGACAAAAUUGUUGGAUCGGGGAAAGGCACUACAAACAAGCUACAACAACAACAACGAGGUGGGCAAACACCAAUGGAUUCAACAAAGAAAAACGAAGAGGCGCGUGAAGCAGGUGCUAAAGACGAAGAGGCGCGUGAAGCAGGUGCUAAAAACGACCCAUCAGAUUCUGGUAGAAAUUCAAAGAAUCGAGAAAAGGCUCAACAGAUACUCUUGGAUACUUUAUAA